AUGACCCCUCAAACUGGUCUGAGACACAUUUGUCCUUUUUCUUUCUGUAGAUUCUACAUGCUCACUGUGGUAGCUUUCACCUUUUCAUUGGAAAUUAUGCAAAACCAAAGCUUUGUAACUGAAUUUGUCCUCCUGGGGCUCUCACAGAAUCCAACCAUGCAGAAAAUAAUAUUUGUUGUAUUUUUGUUCAUUUACAUUGCAACUGUCGGGGGCAACUUGCUAAUGGUGGUGACCAUCAGUAGCAGCCCAGCACUCCGGGUCUCCCCCAUGUACUUCUUCUUGGCUUUUCUGUCCUUCCUGGAUGCUUGCUUCUCUUCCGUCAUUGCCCCAAAGAUGAUUGUGGACUCUCUCCUUUGGAGGAAAACCAUUUCUUUCAAAGGCUGCAUGAUCCAGAUCUUUGCUGAGCACUUCUUUGCUGGUGUGGAGGUGAUUGUCCUCAGCGCCAUGGCCUAUGACCGCUAUGUGGCCAUCUGCAAGCCCUUGCACUAUUCUUCUAUCAUGAACCAUAGACUCUGCAUCCUUCUGAUGGCAGUAGCCUGGACAGGGGGCUUCCUGCAUUCCGUGAUACAGAUUCUUUUCACUUUCCAGCUGCCCUUUUGUGGCCCCAAUGUCAUCAAUCACUUCAUGUGUGACUUGUACCCACUUCUGGAGCUUGCCUGCACUGACACUCACAUCUUUGGGCUUUUGGUUGUUACCAACAGUGGGUUUUUCUGCAUCUUAAUCUUCUCCUUGUUGCUUGUCUCCUAUGUGGUCAUCCUGCUGUCUCUGAGAACCCAUAGCUCUGAAGGGCAGCAGAAAGCCCUCUCCACCUGUGGAUCUCACAUUGCUGUUGUUGUUUUGUUCUUUAUCCCAUGCAUAUUUAUGUAUGUACGACCUCCAUAUUCUUUCUCCUUUGACAAAAUGGUAGCCAUAUUUUAUACCGUCCUAACUCCCUUGUUCAAUCCUUUGAUUUACACUUUCAGGAACAAAGAAGUGAAAAGUGCCAUGAGGAAAGUGUGGAAUAGGGUAAUGGUGGUUUCCAAUGAAAAAUAA